AUGUCAACGGGUUCUGCUGUAUCAAAAGCAUCUCCGCUUUUAAGUAGAGCUGCUUGUGCCGUUACCCUGACUGCCACUAGAUAUAAGUUAGUUCCUUACCUCGUCGCUUUUGUAGCUGUAAAGUUGAUGCUAGGUGAGAAGAGCUUUGCAGAUGGCGAGUACCUCCCAAUACGAGAGAAUAUUUACUCGCGAGCUCAGGACAGCCGUAUUUAUGUCACCACAUUGAUAUUCUCAGUAGUAGAGAUGGUUAUCAUAAUCCUCAGAUCAAUAUAUCUGGUCUUGUUUACUCCCAGUAUACUGAUGGCACCAUUUAAGGAUACUCUUGGCAGUAAGUAUAGGAAAACAUGGCUCCGUCUUGUGCAUCGUACUUUGGAGAAGGCAGGUCCUGCAUUUAUUAAAUGGGGCCAGUGGGUGGCGACACGUCCUGAUCUAUUUGCAAACGACCUGUGUACCGAGUUGUCAAAGCUACACACAAAAGCACCAGCUCACAGCUAUGCAUAUACCAAGAAAACUGUUGAGAAGGCUUUUGGUCGAAAUAUAUCUGAAAUUUUUGAGAAAUUUGAAGAAGAACCUGUAGCAUCUGGAAGUGUUGCUCAAGUGCAUCGGGCUGCUUUGAAAUUCCGACAUCCUGGCCAAAAGACGCCAAAGAUUAUAACAGUCGCAGUUAAAGUAAGACAUCCUGGUGUAGGAGACUCAAUACGGAGAGAUUUCAGUAUAAUUAAUGCUGUAGCUAAAGCUUCAAGAUGUAUUCCAGCGUUAAAUUGGCUACGGCUAGAUGAGAGUGUGCAACAGUUUGCUGUCUUCAUGAUGUCUCAAGUUGACCUUGCAAGGGAAGCUGCUCAUUUGAGCCGGAUUAUCUACAACUUCCGCAGGUGGAAAGAUGUGUCAUUUUUGAAACCUCUUUAUCCAUUUGUUCAUCCUGCUGUCUUGGUCGAGACUUACGAGCUUGGGGAGAGUGGCUCACACUAUGUGGAUGACCACGAUGGAGAGGAACGAGUUAAAAGUGCUCUUGCACAUAUUGGCACUCAUGCACUCUUGAAAAUGCUACUGGCACUACAUUCAACCAUCUCUUUGUCUUCUCAUUCUUAUUUCUGUUUUGCCUUUGAAGACGGGAGUACAUGCUUUCUGUAUUAA